GCGACAAGUUCACCCUACUGCUUGCGGUCAUAAACCGGCUGUUCUGCAACUGCACCAACCUUAACCUGUCCGCUUAUCGGCGCUUCACCAGCUGCUUAUCCAGUUGUCAUUGCAGCCGGCUCGUGCCUUGCACAACAUUGCUUUUAUCGGGUGUAACAGCAAUUGCCAGCUGAGAAUUUUCCGGUGAAAACUGUAAGAAAAUUUUGGAAAACACCAAUAUGAGUUCGCAGGAGCAUCUCAGUUCCUUCAUCACCAUCGAUGCCAACUCGGAUUUCAACCUGAAGAAUCUGCCGUACGGCGUGUUCAGCACUGCCGAUAACGAUAAACGGCGGAUCGGUGUGGCCAUCGGGGAAUACAUUCUGGAUCUAUCUGCAGCAAAAGAGAAAGUUUUCACCGGACCCAUUCUAUCACCUCAGCUGCAUGUGUUCGAUCAGCCGACAAUCAACACCCUGUUGAGCUUGGGACGUCCAGCAUGGCAGGAAGCACGCAAGUCGCUGAUGAAAGCGCUCAACGCGGAGGAAGCGGUACUGCGCGAUGAUGCUGAUUUACGGAAACGUGCUUUCGUGAAGCAGAGCGAUGCCAUCAUGCACGUGCCGGCGGACAUCGGCGACUACACGGAUUUCUACUCGGGACGAAAUCACGCGGAGAACGUGGGGAUUAUGUUCCGCGGGAAGGAACACGCCCUACCACCCAACUGGCUGCAUCUUCCCAUUGGAUACCAUGGUCGUGCAUCGUCCAUCGUCAUAUCCGGAACGAAUAUCCAUCGCCCUAACGGACAGACCCGUCCCAACGAAGAGCAGCCGCCCGUGUGGGGACCGUGCAAACUCAUGGAUUUCGAACUGGAGAUGGCUUUCUUCGUCGGACCCGGCAACGAGCUGGGCAAACCCAUCAAAAUCCAGGAUGCACAGGAGCAUAUUUUUGGAAUGGUGUUGAUGAAUGACUGGAGCGCUCGCGACAUCCAACGGUGGGAAUACCAACCGCUAGGUCCGUUCCUGGCUAAGAGCGUGGGCACGACCAUCUCUCCUUGGGUGGUGACUAUGGACGCCCUGAUGCCCUUCCUCACCGACAACACCCGCCAGAAUCCCCAGCCCCUGCCCUACCUCCAACACAGUGACCGCUACAACUUCGACAUCAAGCUGGAAGUGGCGCUGAAGGGCGACGAUAUGCGAGAUGCCAAAGUCAUCUCCAAAUCCAACUUCAAGCACAUGUACUGGAGUAUGAAACAGCAACUGGCCCAUCACACCAGCAACGGAUGUAAUAUGCGGCCGGGUGACCUUUGCGGAUCCGGGACCAUCAGUGGACCGACGAAAGAAUCGCGCGGCUGCAUGGUGGAGUUAUCGUGGAAGGGCACCGAGCCGAUUGACUGCGGUAACGGUAUCACCAGGACGUUUCUUCGUGAUGGCGAUGAAGUGACGCUGCGUGGAUACUGCGACAACGGCACCUACCGUAUCGGUUUUGGAACAUGUACCGGCAAAAUUCUUCCGGCAGUUGGCUAUUGAAAAGUAUUCGUGAUGUUCUGCAUUCGAGUUUU